UUCCCUUCUUCUUCCUUCAACUCUCUAUAUUUGUAAGUGUUGUUUCAAUGGGGUAUCACAACAGGCUUAGAAUCGUCUCCGGAAUUUUAAAAGACAAGGGUUCAUUAAUCAAAACAACUUUAUCAACGAAGCGCCACAAAGCUUCCGCUCGUCGCGUCAUUCUACGCGCUACCACCCACGGCUCCUCUGUUCCCCCAUCAGAUCACCGAAUCGCCGCCGUUAUAGGCCUCGGUCAUGGCUCACGUUUCACAGCAUGCACUUGUAUACAAGCUGUCAUGGACCGUCUACACCGCACCAAAGAUUCAUCGGUCGCUCUCAAAUGUCUCUACACAAUCCAUAACAUAAUAAACAAAGGUUCCUUCAUCUUGAAAGAUCAGCUUGCGAUUUACCCUUCUUCCGGUGGCCGGAAUUUUCUCAACUUGUCGACGUUCCGAGACGGUUCCGAUUCAGAGACAUGCGAAAUGUCGGCAUGGGUCCGAUGGUACGCCGGAAUCUUGGAACAAAAUUUGAUGGUCUCGAGGGUCUUAGGUUAUCACCUUAACUCACCACGAUCCAAGAACGAAAUCAUAGGGUUUUUGAACUCGGAUUUACUAAAGGAACUUGAUGUUCUUGUUAAUUUUGCCGAUUAUUUGGGUAAUGUACCGGCCGAUUCACUUUAUCUUCAACGAAAGAGCUUGGUACACGAGAUUGUGAGAUUGGUUAGCGAAGAUUAUAGAUCAGUACAACGUGAAACCUUCGUCCGAGUUACGGAACUCGGAGCGAGGAUGGUGAGUUUGAGUUGGAGUGAGUGUACUGAGUUCCUGAGUUGUAUAGACAGGUUCGAGGGUUGCAAGGAGAGGAUAGCUGUGUUGUUGGUGAACAGGAACAGGAACGAUGAUUUGUGGGGUUUAAUAAAGGAGACGAAGGCGAACCUUGUGGCGGCGAUUGAAAAGAAGGAGAAUGAAGGGAAAAUGGUGGUGGUUGCAACGGCGGACAAUGAGUCGAACAAAUUGACUCGGUUUAGCCAGUUGUUUCGGUUGGCGCCUAGUGGGCGGUGGGUUGAGUUUUGACCGAGUCACUACCUAAACUGUUUUUAGCCGUUGUUUGAAACUUUCCCUUUGAAUGGUGUACAUAAUCAUUUGAGGUUCUUUUAAUUAUUGUAAAGUUUUUUUAAAUA